AUGGAAAACUAUCGCCUCCAUACUGCUCAAAGCAGGCCUGAUCUCUGGGAAAUCCUCAAACUUCCCACACAUCCAUUGAAUGCCGCUUGGCCAAUGUUUAUCGACCAAGACGAAUAUUUUCAACAUUACUGCACCCAACUCGACAAAUUCGAAGCCUUUUCUCCCAUGCAGUUUGCCAUUGUCGAAGUCGAUAUCUGCGGAGGGGAACAUAUCAUUGCUUGUGGACGUUCUGUCCCAUUUUACUGGCCUGACCUGGACAGAAUCGGAGGCAAAAAGGGGCUCCGUCAACAUCCCGAAGUAUUACAUACUCUCCCAGACGAAGGCUAUGAUGGGAUUCUCUCUCGGGCCGUUGAGCAGCAGCUCGCGCGAGAAGGUAUUGUCCAAGAUUCGACUGGACUCAGGCCUUUAUCCGAUCCCGCCAUGACGAGAACAGAGUCACCCAAUGCCCUAUCCGCUAUCUCAAUCACGGUGUCUCCAGAACACCGUUCUCGGGGAUUAGCCGAUAUAUUGAUUAUGGCUAUGAAACAAACAGCAAUGGAUCAAGGUUUUGACACGCUGGUGGUGCCCCUUCGGCCAACACGAAAAUCCGACUUCCCGAUGACUAAAAUGGCGGAUUAUCUAUCAUGGCCAGCGACGGCGGUCCCGAAUCAGGGGAUUUCCAAGACUUUGAGGAAGACGGACCCAAACCUCCCUUUCGAUCCCUGGCUGCGGAAACAUAUUAGGCUGGGAGCUAGGGUGGUAAAAGUGGCUCCGCGGAGUAUGUACGUGGAGGGCAGUGUCGAGGAGUGGCAGCAGUGGACUGGUGUCGAUUUUAGCCGGCUGAUUGGGCGCAAAGAUACCCCUCUGAAACAGGAAGCCAGCUCCGACAAGAUGUACUUAGAAGUUGCCUUUCCGAAGGGACUCGUUCCCCUGCGGUAUUACGUUGCUGAACAACGUUGUGUCUACUUGGAGCCAAAUGUCUGGCUACAUCAUGAGCUUCCUCUUGGCAGCCUUUGUCGGGAUGGGAGAUGA